GAAGAAUAAUUGGAGGACUAACAUCUGACCUGGAACAGAAACCGGAACCUUUACCCUUUUCCACCCUGCUUAACGUGGACGUGGAUUUGUAUUUUUGACUGUUUUUGUAGAUUUCAUAUACGUAUUUGCCGGUCUCAUUAUUCCGGAUACUCUUUUAACUGCGCUGUCCCCAGUAGAGUAAGCAGUGUGAGCACUGAUCGUGUUGAGCUGUCGCGUUAUUGGUGUCAUAAAUUUGCACGGAAGGUUCUGAAAUACAAAUGCAUUUUCCGUAGGACGAUUAGCUCUUGGGAUUAGGCUAUCCGAAAUGGCUCCGAUGGGAAUCCGGCUGUCUCCACUAGGAGUGGCCGUGUUUUGCUUAUUGGGGGUGGGUAUAAUCUAUCACCUUUAUUCCGGGGUCCUGUCCGGCAGAAUAGCGGCGUUUAGGCAGCGCGAGACCGUGGAUCUGCGGGAGCUGCUGGCGCUGUCGGUGGAAGCCGCAGUGCUGGGCGGCCGGGAGGUGAAGCGAGUCCGGGAAGAUAACACCUUAGAGGAGAAGUCAAAGGGGGAGACCAAGGAAGGAGCCGACGAAAAGCUCACCCUGGGGGACUUGAGCUCCCACCGCAAGAUGUAUCAGCUCAUAAAAAGCACCUUUCCUUCUUUACAGGUAAACUCGGAGGAACACGACAACACUAGAGUGGAGGAUCUGCCGGCGUGGGACCGCAGGAUUCCCGAAGAGAUCGCCCAGGUGGUCGGCCGGAGCCAGGAUGUGCCACCGGAAAGCAUCACUGUGUGGAUCGAUCCCCUGGACGCCACGCAGGAAUACACGGAGGACCUCCGAAAGUAUGUCACGACGAUGGUUUGCGUUGCGGUUAAUGGGGCUCCCGUUAUUGGUGUAAUCCAUAAACCAUUUACUGGGUAUACAGCUUGGGCGAUGGUCGAUGGCGGUUCCAACGUGAAGCCACGGGACUCGUACAACGAGAAGUCGCCGCGGGUGAUCGUGUCGCGCUCUCACGCCGGCAAAGUGAAGGGAUUCGUGGAAGCGGCCUUCGGCAACAACACCGUCAUCUUUCCAGCAGGGGGCGCAGGUUACAAAGUUCUGGCACUUUUGAACCCAACUGACGAAAAGUACGAAGAGGCCGAUGUGUACCUCCACAUCACCUACGUGAAGAAGUGGGACAUCUGCGCGGGCAACGCUAUCCUGAGGGCGCUUGGCGGUCACAUGACCACGCUGAAGGGGGAGGAGAUUAACUACACUGGCUCUGAGGGCAAUAAUGGCGGUCUUCUAGCUAGUAUCCACAUGGACCACAAGGCCCUGGUUCUCCGGCUGCCGGAACGAGACGCAGAUAAACACAGAUAACUAGCCUGUCCCUGAGAUCAUUAUACUUUUUCAUUUUAAAUAAACAAAUAUGGUACAAGAAAAAAAAAAUGGAGUAAAGGUCUCUACCACGGUUCUCAGAAACGGACAUUAAAUGAUGGAGAACCUCUCAACGGUUAAAUUCCUCCGGGACGUCAGCCACUGUGGACAGUAUCCUGGCAUGCUACUGUUGCAGUAUAUAGUACCAAUUCUCUCCUUAGUACAUUUUAAUGUGUUGUGGGUUAUGUGAAGGGGAGAGCUUCUAUGUUAAUUUGUGAGUUCCUUUGACCAUAGCAGCUAAUAGUUGUACUGAAUGCUACUUAUUCCGCGCUGUGAAUUAGAGACCCAGCCAAUAUACUAGUCUGUAUAUUUGGUAAUAAUUUACGCCCCACUCCUACAGCCAGGAAUGGGACUUUUAAAUGUGUUAUUUUCUCUGUGGGUGGGUGGAUGGGGGGUGGGGCGGUCAUAGCAAAUGCAUGACCUGUUGCUUUAUUUAAAAAAAUGGGAAGUAUUUAUUUUCAGAAGUGGUUUUUGAUUGUCCUGUACAUGCACUCUGUCUGGCAGGUUUUAGCCACAUUCCUAACGCUUGGAUUCCAUUAUCUGUGCAAUAGGUUUGCUCGUCUUCAGUGCCACCAAAAGAGUAAAGCACAUUAAAGUAGGCAGGUCUUAGAUGCCGCCGAGGUACCGGCGAAGGGGGUCUCUCCAGCCUGCCGUUCACUGUGAGCGCUGCUUCUGUGGCCGGCGUUUGUGUGAAGUUGAUUGCAUUGUAUCUCAGGCUCUCUGCAUCGGGAGGUUUUUUGGUUGAAUGGAGGUUUUAUUACUGAGCAGAUGCGGGUUUCUGUUCUUAGAUGCUCUAUUAUUAUUUUUUUUUUUAACCGCUUGGGUUUGCGGUUCUUUGUGUUUUUUUUUUUUGUUAAUAUGAAGGGGCUCUCCGUUGUGCACUGCUGCCAGUCCCCUUCCCACUGCAUCCAGUGACGAGGGGGUAGAAGCCACGGCGUUAAGCUACAGCUGUACCCGUCUGGCUUGCUUUUUGGUUGGCCGGUGGGUUGGGUUUUUGGGAGAAUUAUGACCAGGAAAGGAGACCAGCUGCCUGAAUUGUGUUUCUGUUUGGGAGUGGCGUGGGGGGGUGGGCAAAAUGACAGAAAGAGAACUGUGAUGUUCGUUUGAGGCCUGAAGUUGGGUCUACAGGGGAAAGUGGAAAAUCAUGCUAUGAAGAAUUAUGGGGGAAUUGAGUAAUAUGAGGAUAAUGUCUUCUGUCUCACAUGUAUUCUUCUGUAACUGAAAAUGUUUGGGGUUCUCAUUUGCUGAUUUCAAAUGGCUGUGUUCAAGUACAAUCUAAUAAAAAUCAAAGGUGUGUGUGUUUA